UCACAGAAUGAUCAUCUUUUCAACCGUCAGUAGCUGAUAGAAAGCAGAUCAAACAGUUCUGUUCUAGCUCUGGUGCCUUGAGAUACCAUAGAAACCAUGAUUACUUUCAGGACCUAAUGGUGCAUUGUGGAUGCUCAUAAUUCUUUUCUGACCUUUGGAGGUGCUGUUCUUUUUCUGGAAAACUCCAUCUUCUGUACUACCAACUUUAGCAACGGUGCAAGUUUUCUGAGCAUUUUGGGCAACAAUGGGGAUUGGCAAGAACACUACUUCGAAGUCUGUAGAGGCGGGAAGCCCAACAGAGGGCAAAUAUGAGGAUGAAUCCAAGCAUCCUGCUUUCUUCACGUUACCGGUUGUUAUAAACGGUGGUGCAACAGCCAGUGGUGAUCAAGACACAGAAGAUACAGAGCUUAUGGCAAUAUACACUACAGAAAAUGGAAUUGCAGAAAAGAGUUCCUUGGCAGAGACACUGGACAGCAGUGGAAGCUUAGAAGCACAAAGAUCAGACAUGAUAUACACGAUUGAGGAUGUUCCUCCCUGGUACCUCUGCAUAUUCUUGGGUUUACAGCACUACCUUACCUGUUUCAGUGGUACAAUAGCAGUGCCCUUCUUACUAGCAGAUGCUAUGUGUGUGGGAAUUGACCAGUGGGCUACCAGCCAGCUGAUUGGGACCAUAUUCUUCUGCGUGGGAAUCACAACUUUGUUACAAACAACCUUUGGAUGCCGGUUACCUUUAUUUCAAGCCAGUGCUUUUGCAUUUUUGGCUCCAGCCAAAGCGAUUCUCUCUUUGGACAAGUGGAAAUGCAAUGCCACAGCUGUAACGAUUACAAAUGGAACGACAGAGCUGCUGCACACAGAACAUAUCUGGUAUCCCAGGAUACGAGAGAUCCAAGGUGCUAUUAUCAUGUCAUCUUUGAUAGAAGUGGUGAUUGGGUUUUUGGGCCUGCCGGGGGCACUCCUGAGAUAUAUUGGGCCCUUGACCAUCACACCGACAGUGGCUCUCAUUGGGCUCUCCGGUUUCCAGGCUGCAGGAGAAAGAGCUGGCAAACACUGGGGCAUAGCCAUGCUGACUAUUUUCCUAGUGCUGCUGUUUUCUCAGUAUGCCCGAAACGUCAAAUUCCCUUUACCAAUUUACAAGUCCAAGAAAGGAUGGACUGCAUACCGGUUGCAACUUUUCAAAAUGUUUCCUAUCAUUCUUGCCAUUCUGGUAUCAUGGUUGCUGUGCUUCAUCUUUACGGUGACGGACGUCUUUCCUCCUGAUAAAACAAAGUAUGGAUUUUAUGCGCGCACUGAUGCCAGGCAAGGAGUGCUCUUGGUAGCACCAUGGUUCAAGGUUCCCUAUCCAUUUCAGUGGGGAUUACCAACUGUUUCAGCUGCAGGCGUCAUUGGGAUGCUCAGUGCGGUGGUUGCCAGCAUCAUCGAGUCAAUUGGUGAUUAUUAUGCCUGCGCAAGGUUAUCUUGUGCUCCUCCACCACCAAUCCAUGCAAUAAAUAGAGGCAUUUUCAUAGAAGGCCUUUCUUGUGUACUGGAUGGCAUAUUUGGUACUGGAAACGGAUCCACUUCUUCGAGUCCUAAUAUUGGAGUCUUGGGAAUUACAAAGGUUGGAAGCAGGCGUGUUAUUCAGUAUGGAGCAGUCUUUAUGCUGCUGCUUGGAACGGUUGGCAAAUUCAGUGCUUUGUUUGCAUCUCUCCCCGAUCCAGUGCUUGGAGCUCUUUUCUGCACCCUUUUUGGGAUGAUUACUGCAGUAGGGCUGUCAAACCUUCAGUUCAUCGAUUUGAAUUCUUCCCGGAACCUCUUUGUGCUGGGCUUUUCUAUCUUCUUUGGAUUAGUCCUUCCGAGUUACCUCCGACAAAACCCUUUGGUCACAGGAAUAGUCAGCAUUGAUCAAGUGCUCAAUGUUCUUCUUACCACAGCCAUGUUUGUUGGGGGUUGUGUAGCAUUUAUUUUGGACAACACAAUUCCAGGAAGUCCCGAGGAAAGAGGAAUCCGGAAGUGGAAGAAAGGAGUGGGCAAAGGCAGCAAAUCCAUGGAUGGCAUGGAAACCUACGACUUGCCUUUUGGCAUGGAAGUGAUCAAGAAGUACAGAUGUUUCCGUUUCUUGCCCAUCAGCCCGACCUUUAUGGGCUACACAUGGAAGGGCUUCAGGAAAGAAGCCCAGGAGGAGGACUCGGAGGCUACCGUAUAGCCCCUGCCGACAACACCUCCCUUCCAUUCUUGCUGUAGUUAUAGACAGAUCUGCAGUUACUUGCUGAUUUUUAUUUUAUUUUGUAUAUUUGCAUUUUAAAUUCUGGAACCAGAGCCGAGACAGAUUCUAAAAAUAGCUUUCCUGUGGUGGGCAGUGAUCGCCAUCUGUAAUGUCUCUCUUUAGUGAACAUGAUGCUUGGCUUUAUUUUAAAAACUUUGUUUAAACAAGUUAUCCCAAAUUUUAGCACAGUGGCUGAUCUAUUGGAAAAUUUAAAUCCGGCUUCAAAAUAGCAUUAGCAAAAUAGCAUUAGCAAAAUAGCAAUGGUAAAUAGCAUUUCCAUAAACGCAGUGUCCUGUUUGCACGAGUUACAUUCCAUUUCUUUACCCCUCGUGAACCUGCAGUCAGUUCUUAUUUCUGACAAACUGUAGCAGAGCAUGUCAUAGCGGGCAGUACUUUUGAAAGUUUUUUUCCCAACAAUAGGAAUAGAAUUGCUGUACUGAUAACUGAUGCCCUUUAGUACAUGGUUUCUUUGCAUAAGAGCAAUAGUGGAAUUUUUUAAAAAUUGACAUUGAUCCUGGAACUCUCGGUCAGACUGAAGAUUUCAAAGCCUAAAAGUUGCUGGGUGUGUCUUGAGCUGUCACUCAGUUGCACAUCCUUUAUCUGGCAAUAGGAACACCUGAGCACUUCAUGUAUUCCACAUCCCAGCACUUAAUGUAUUCCACAGAAUAGCUAUUAAAGACCUAGAGUCACUAGACCUCAAAAGGAUAAUCCAGGUAGUGUCUAUUUUAUCUCUAGAUUUUUCUAAUUUGUUUUAAGACGGUUGGAGGCAGAACAAUUCUGCUGGUCUUUGUCUUUUUUUAAAAAAAAAUUUUUUCUGAGCUGAACUGAACAUCUGACCUUUUAAAAUAACAGAUGAGACGUUAUGUAUGACAUCACUGUCCACCAGGUGGUUUAACGGGUAUUGGGGACCCUCUGCGGGUGCCAUUUGACUUUAUUUUCCUGUAUUAGUCUUGGCUCUGAUGUUAUGUGGCUGUUAAUACUCAUCAUGCAUUCAUAAUUAUUAAAAUGUUAUUCCAGUUUAAUGUUCUUACUAUUGCAAAUUAGUUUCUAGACAUCAAUAUUUUGUCUGUAUGUAUGGCUUUCCCCCCUUUAUUGUGUCCCAGAAAGUGUUUUGUUCAAAGCUGUGGAAAGAUUUGUCAGGGAGGCAUUGAGAUAAGUGUUCUCUCAAGGCCAGUAUGCUCUGAGGUACUUGCUUUGCUGUAUCCUUUGUUUUUGAAGCAAAUAAUGUAAUUUUUUUUCAUCAGACUCCUAAAGUUGGCUACUAAAAAAAGAGCAGAACAGCCUUUGUUUUAUCUCUGAAGCUAUGGGGGGGGGGUUGGGUUGGGUUGGUGAAAGGCCUCAAAGGGCCUUGGUGUAUCGGUAUUGAAAGGUGCAUAAUGGGAAUGAAGCGGUCAGUGGUGUAUAUUUCACCAUGUUUCCUGCCAUUUGUGCGGCAUCCUUCUUGUAGCGAUUUUGUUUUGGUGAAAUUCAGAUUAGUUUCACUUUCUGAUCUCUGUUCAACUUGUUUUUCAAUAGUUUGCCAGGUUGGAGUCAAAUUAAAAUAAGGCAACAAAAAAUGAUUAUGUUAGGGCUGGCACGUAGUCUUUUAGAGGUCCUCUUGCAUCCUUGGGAACUGCUUGUGAGUUUUGGUUGACAGUGCUACAGCAGUGAUUCUGUGCAUACUGACAUAGGAAUAAGUUUCAUUGAGUACAGUGGGACUUGCUUCGAUGUAAAUAUGUAGAGGGUAGGACUGCAUCUUGCUCUUUUCCUCCCUGUGUUUUAUGUGCAACCAAAGAAAUGGAGGAGGACAACCAUCUCGGUUGAAUAGUGGUUAUAUAAUUAUGUCAGAUGCCAAAGCCCAUCCUCCCCCCCCCCCCGCCCCCAUGCUGGUCUUGUUCAUGGCUGGCCUCUCUUUUCUCCUCCGGCUAAAGAACCAGUUGUACCUUAAUGCAGAAUCAAAAUAUUGCUGAAGGUGACUUACAAACAGGGUUUGUUGAGGAGCAAGUUCCGAGGAACUUGGGCAGGAAUAAGUCCUCAGUGGAUUGUGUCCAGCAUUUUUACAUGAGAUACGUGGUCUAGUCAGAACCCGUGUGUUUCAAGCAUCUUAAUAUUGUGUUAAUGUCCAUCUCCUUGCUUGACUGUAUUUUAAAAAAAAUCUUUGGGUGAAAUGGAACCAACAGCUGGUUCAUACAUUGCACAGAAGUGACUCAUAUUUCCUAUCUCACUGUAGCCAUGAUGUGUGAAUCUCAGCUAACUUGAAAGGCUUACAGUGACUGUAUUAACUGCACCAAACUGUAAGUAUGCAGUAGAGGCGAGCACAUUUGCCAAAGAUUUGCAUUGCUUGCAAACAGAAUCUGGUUUUUCAAAAUGAUUCUGCUGGAAAAAUCCCAGACUUGAGGGAAGAUGGAUUUGUUUUGAUUUUAAAGGUGAAGUGACGAAAGCCAGCCUUCUGAGCUUGUAAAAGCAACCACCAGAGGGUGCUGCAAACACCUGUAGUAGUUAGUAAAGGUUUUAAUGGCAUGGAUGCUUGAUGGUAGGCUGCUAUGAGGAGAGGACUCCGAACGUUGAGUAUUUCUAAAGUUGAGAUAAUAAAGGCGGAAUUAAUGCCUACCUUUAUUUUGUCUUGUAAAAAAGACCCCCUCCCCCAAAAGGAAGUUUCUGAUCAAAGAUUGCAAACUGUCAUGGUCACAGCUGACUGUAAUGUGAAGCACCUCAGAAGCAGCUCUUGCGUGGCCAGGCAGCACAUAAGACAGCUAAUGGGGCGCAAGCUGCCAGGGAAGAUCUCCGGCAAAAAUGCCGUUGAAAUGAAAGAGCGUAGCAUCCAUUCAUUUCAAGAGAGCAUCAGCAGGAGAACAUCAUCCCAGUAUCCUGAGCCUGCGUUAGUUGAGAAGGGGGCGUUAUCAUUUGGUGUAUCUGUAUCAGGCACCGAAAUGUCUUCAGAUCUGCUCUGCUGCUUGCAUUUGUACAGAGAGAAUUCUGGGAUUUCCUUUGUGUUCAAAGGUCUGUUCUGGUGUUUGGAGGUUAAAUGAACCUUGGCUGGUGAUUGAUGGGCUUCAAAUGUUUAUCAUUCUGUACUGAACUAGCGUAAUAGCUGGAUGCUUACAUGUAUCCUAUUGUUAUAUGUAGCUGGAAGAGAGUAAAAAAAGGCUGUGACUGCUUUAAAUUAUAUCUUUGCAUGUGGCUGCCUGUCUUUUUCUAUGAGCUAAAUUAAACCAGACUGUCUAGAGAGGAUGCCCAGUGGAAGGGCUGGUGAAAAAGCACUGACAAAUGUCCACAACAAGAAGCAAAUAUCCAUGACAGAAGUAACUGCUGUGUCAUGCCAAUGAUGUAUAAACCAUAUAUUCAAACUGAAACCAAUUUGGGGGCUUUUGUAUGUACACUGUAAACUUAUGUUAAUAUUUUGGUUAAAUUAAGUACUCUCGACAAAGAUCUUUGAAUGUGUCUUAUAAAAUGAUGCCUCUUGAAUUUAUAUUUAAUUGCUAAUUUUAUCAGUGGUUGAAAAAAAAUGUACUAUUCAAAUUGGACUAAGCUGCAUCAGGGAGGGCAUUUUUAAAUUUACAUAGUCAAUUUGUUUUACACCGUUUAAUACUAACUUUCAAUAUGGCGACUUUGUACAUGAAUAUUUCAGUAUUUUAUUUCCAUAGACUUAAAAAAAAAAAAAAGACAACAACAACCAACCAGUAACAUUUCCUCCCAGGAUAAUUGUCACAGGAUUUCUGGGUGGGAGUGAUUUGAUUGUCAUGACAGUGUCAUGUGGUGAUAGAAUUUCUUCAUUGAUGAAUUCCUAGCAAUUGUGUAUACUUUAUUUACCCAUGCUUAUCUUAAUAACUGAAAAUAAAAAGAGCUCUUGAUUACCUUCUUACUUAAAACAUAGGGUACUGGCAGGUAGAGGUUUAAAUAGUGGCGAGAGAAAAAGUUGAAAAUGGAGCUGGCUCAACUUAGGAGAUAAGGUGUGCAGCCUCCCUCCCCGGUUGGUGGAUUUGGGUUCUGGCCCCCAGAAAGGUAGCAGAGUGGCAAACAGUCCUGUUCUGUGGUAAAGUUCUCCUGUGCAACCCUCACAAAUGUUAACUACAGUGCUUUUGUACAGCACGCCAUCGGUUUCAACUGAGGCUUGUGUAGGAGGAUUUCCCUGUGGAUUGCAUGCCAAGUUAAUUGGGGUUUGUGCGCAGAUGGGGAAACACCUUUGGCAUUAGGCACCACAGCACCUUAAGCCAGCUCUGAUUGAGAACCAGUUAUGCUGCAAAAGAGGUCAAUUAGAUGCAAGAUUCAGCAGCCAGACUAAAACGUACCAGCUUCUUACUCAUGGCAUAAACCAGACUGUGAUCUUCUGCCAUCUAUGAAGUGCCAUCCUCCAACAGUGUAGUUUUGGGUUGCUACCUUCUUCCUCCACCCCCCUCUGUUUCCACCUCAUGUUCAGGUCUACACCAGCCAUGUCUUCUGAGCGAGCAUCACAAUGACAUAUGGGGUUACCAAAAGGCAUGCACAGGGCUUAGUGGGGUGUGUGUGGGGGGAAGAGUACAGUGGUAGGAAAGGCAUGGCAUUAGAAGCUGUGGGGUUAGGUUUUUUGCCUGGAGCAAAGCCUAAAUUACUGGCUCCUGUGUGUUGUCGUUUUUUUACUGCAGUUUGUUGCAGUGGUGGACUUGGGGAAGACGGGGGGGGGGGGGCUGUUUUUCCCAGCCAGAAAGCAGAUGAUGCAACCUGCUUGUACGCAUGUAUCAGAAUGCUUGUUAUUUACUGGCCAAUUUAAAAUCAAAGGGCCCCUCCUCCAUCCUUGCUUUAGGUGUAAGGACCAACCUCCUUCACAAGUGACUCUCACCUCUGUUGGAGCUGUGCCUCCAACCUGGAGCAAAGAGCGCAUGCAAAAUAUUCUGAUGAGAAGUGCUAAGACCCUGGAGGGAGGGACUCUUGGUGGCAAAUUCUAACAUGGGGAAGCGGCCCUUUGCCAUUGAAUGUUCACUUGCAUUCCAAAGCAUCUCAAUAUGGAUGACAGACUAGCAUGAAAAAUAAAAGCUUUUUCUUUUUUCAUCAGUGGCCUUCUUGAAUUAAAACAUUCAACCAUUAAACACGGUGGGGGGGAGGUAUGAGAGAGCAAGCCUCUGCAUAAAAUAUAUACUCGUAGUUUUUUUUUGUCUUCGCAUGGUGCAUGUUGCAUAUAAAGCUGCUCACUCAAAUAUUUUUUAACAUGCCUGGACAGAGGACGACAAAUACGCUGGGGCUUCACCUUUGCAGCGCUAGAUCCUUUGUCAUUUGUGCUGUGAGGGGGCCAUGUAUUAGCCAAUAUUUAGCUUCUGCCCAUUGGUUGGUCUCUCUCUCUCUCUCUCUCCCUCCCUUCCUUUACAUACCGUAACAGUACUGGACUGCUUUAAGUAUUGAGAAUUCAUCUUUGGCAACAUUCAAAACAUUCCGGUAUCGUUAUGAUUUUUAUUGUGACUGUGAUUCGUCAACAGUACAUAUUUGAUAGCAGAGAAUUGCCUUGUCUUAUCGUUUGGCAUCUUUCCAAAUAAACCAUCUUGCCAAUCCAAACUAUAUUGUACUUUAUGUUUUGGCCUCCUCAUGAAAACCUUUGAUGUAACAAACCUGACUGUUUUUUUGACAGUGGGGAUAUUUUUUUCCAUAAGUUUCGUGAAUGACUAACUACACAGUCUCAAGUUACAUUCCAAGUUGGGUUUUUUCUUUGAGAUGUGUAAAUUCUUUUAUUGAGAUUUUUAUGAAUUGUUUUGGGCUUUUUUUCUAACAUUGCUUUAUUGAACGUUGAAAUAUUUUAAAAAUAUGUUAAUAUUUGGACAAGAUGUUGUGAAUAAUAGUAGAUAAAAGCUAUUUUAUUCUGUAUUUUUAAAAGCUGUUCAGUAUAAAUAAAAGCUGACAUAGAUGCAA